AUGGGAGCGGCGGCCAGGCGGCCCCGCCCCGCGCCACCGGACGUCGGUGCCGGGACAUGGCCGCCGCCGGUGCCGGGUCAUUGAGCUGAGCGCCAGCCGCCUGCAGCCAACCGCCGUUCUCAACCUUCCGCGGGCGGGCGGAGGCGCCGCGGCCGCCGCGGGGGAGGAGCAGCAGCAUCAGAAGGCCGGCGGCCGCCGCGCAGGGCACAUGGCGUCCAUUUUACUGAGGAGUUGCCGCGGCCGGGGGCCCGCCCGCCUCCCGCCGCCCCGCGCCGCCGCUCCGAGGGGUCGUGCGGGGGACUGUGCCUGCCUCAGUUGUGCCAGCACCGCGGGGUUGACGAGCUGCGUGAAACUUCCGUUUGGUGGCUGCAGUCCCGUCCACCCCGUGUGCCUUUCCUCGCGAGGCGAUCCCCUCGGCCGCUGGGCUCUGAGGCCCCGGCACACGUGCGUGGUGGUCGCAGCGCCGAGGUUCCUUCCUGUGCGCUGCUGGCGCUCGUCGCCCCCGCUGGGCGAUGACUCCGUGGUGGAGAAGUCCCUGCGGUCCCUAAAAGACAAGAACAAGAAGCUGGAAGAAGGCGGCCCCGUGUACAGCCCCCCCGCAGAGGCAGCCGGGAGAAAGCCCCUGGGCCAGCGGGUCCUGGAUGAGCUGAAGCACUACUACCACGGCUUCCGCCUGCUCUGGAUCGACACCAAGAUCGCCGCGCGCAUGCUCUGGCGCAUCCUGCACGGCCACAGCCUGACCCGCCGAGAGCGCAGGCAGUUCCUCCGGAUUUGUGCCGACCUCUUCCGCCUGGUGCCCUUCCUGGUCUUCGUGGUGGUGCCCUUCAUGGAGUUCCUGCUUCCUGUUGCCGUAAAGCUCUUCCCCAACAUGUUACCGUCCACGUUCGAGACCCAGUCCAUCAAGGAGGAGAGGCUGAAGAAGCAGCUGCGGGUCAAGUUGGAGCUGGCCAAGUUUCUUCAGGACACCAUCGAGGAGAUGGCCUUGAAGAACAAGGCAGCCAAGGGGAAUGCCACCAAAGACUUCUCCGUGUUUUUCCAGAAGAUCCGAGAGACGGGUGAGAGACCCAGCAACGAGGAAAUCAUGCGGUUUUCCAAACUGUUUGAGGACGAGCUGACCCUGGACAACCUCACGCGCCUGCAGCUGGUGGCGCUGUGCAAGCUGCUGGAGCUGCAGUCCAUGGGCACCAACAACUUCCUGCGCUUCCAGCUCACCAUGCGGCUGCGCUCCAUCAAGGCCGAUGACAAGCUGAUCGCUGAGGAGGGGGUGGACAGCCUCAACGUCAAGGAGCUACAGGCGGCGUGUCGGGCGCGAGGCAUGCGGGCCCUGGGCGUCACGGAAGACCGUCUGCGGGACCAGCUGAAGCAGUGGCUGGAGCUGCACCUGCAACAGGAGGUACCGACGUCGCUGCUCGUCCUGUCCCGGGCCAUGUACCUUCCUGACACCCUCUCGCCCGCCGACCAGCUCACGUCCACCCUGCAGACCCUCCCGGAGAUUGUGGCGAAGGAGGCCCAGGUGAAGGUGGCCGAGGUGGAGGGCGAGCAGGUGGACAACAAGGCGAAGCUGGAGGCCACGCUGCAGGAGGAGGCGGCCAUCCGGCAGGAGCAUCGCGAGAAGGAGCUGCAGAGGCGGUCCCAGGCGGCGGCGGCCGCGAAGGAAGUGGAGCCUGAAGUGGUGGCAGAAGGUGCCCCCGGGAGGCUGGUGGCCGAGCCGCAGCCGGAAGAGCCUGAUGUGACCCUGCCGUCCGAGGCCCUGACGGACAGCGCGCCCGUCCUGGAAGGCUUGAAGGAAGAGGAAAUAACUCAGGAGGAAAUUGACAUACUCAGUGACGCCUGCUCGAAACUGAAGGGGCAGAAGAAAUCCCUGACGAAGGAGAAGGAGGAGCUGGAGCUGCUGAAGGAGGACGUCCAGGACUACAGCGAGGACCUGCAGGAGAUCAAGAAGGAACUUUCCAAGACUGGCAAGGAAAUGCGCGUGGAAGAGUCUAAAGCCAGCAGGAGGCUGACGAAGCGGGUGCGGCAGAUGAUCGGGCAGAUCGACAGCCUGCUCACGCAGCUGGAGGCCGGCCGGAAGGCUGGCAGGCUAGGCCCGGCCGCCGAGCGCUCGCCUGCGGGGGAGACCGUCAUCAGCGUCGCUGAGCUCAUCAGUGCCAUGAAGCAAAUCAAGCACAUUCCCGAAAGCAAGCUCGUCAGCUUGGCCUCGGCCCUGGACGAAAAUAAGGAUGGCAAGGUCAACAUCGACGACCUUGUCAAGGUGAUCGAGUUGGUGGACAAAGAAGACAUUCACAUCUCCACCAGCCAGGUGGCUGAGAUCGUGGCCAUGCUGGGGAAGGAGGAGAAGGUGGAGGAGAAGGAGAAGGCCAAGGAGAAAGCCGAGAAGGAGGCCGAGAAGGAGGCCGCGGAAGUGAAGAAUUAGGGCCCGCCCGGCUCUCAGGUGCCUUGGUGGCCCUUCGUGCGUCUGCCGCAGCAGUCCUAACGUGACGGUGAUUGCUUUGAAGUGAUUCUUAGAGACAGGUCUAAUAUUUUGUCUGGAAUAAAUCAGAAACUUCAGAAUCAGUCAUUUUUAAUUUUCAUCAUUCCACGAAGAUUCAGUCAGUCUGGAAUCCCUGAACCCCGCCAGGGAGUCUGCUCUGGAUUCACGCGGUGGCCCGGUGCUGUCGCGGUCCCAGCUGUGGCAGGCAAGCGUGCGGCCUGCCGGCAGUGGGGCGUCGUGGCCCUGCACAGCCCCCUGGGCUCCUGAGGCGGCUCGGGCGUCCCCGCGUGUCCCCUGGCGGUGUCUGCUGCGGGAGGCGAGAGGACCGGCCGCGUGGACUCCCCGUGCCCGUGGAGCCCCAGGCGUGGGAUUGGAGUCGUGCAGACACAGCCGCCUCGGCCCGGAGAGGAUACUUCGUGCGUCGUGGGCUUGGAUUCCCACAGAUCAGCGUGAAUGGGAGCCACUCGUGCGCGCUCCCAAGCUCACACCUGUAGCGAGUGAGCGAACAUGCCCGUCGUCCCCGUGGCCUCCGGAGGGCCGCGUUCUCUGACGGGGAUGUCAGGUCUCCUGCAAGUUUGCUCUUACGUGUGUACCCGAGCUCUUUCUUGAGUUCCCUUUGAUUCUCACCUAACCCUAACCACUUAACUGGUGCAGAAUUUCCUCACAUGACAGUCUGCCUACCUGAGUAAAUCCAACGUAAAUUAUGCUGGGAGAGGUGCUAAUGAAGCCCUGGAAAAUGAAGCAUCUCAUGUGCAGUAAUUUGUUGUGCUUUUAGAAAGUUUCCUCAUUUGGGGUGUUAGCGCCUCACCGCCCCCGUGGGUGUUUGGAGCGGGUUUCGCUGCACGUCCGGUGACGGGUCCACAACCGGCAGCUCGGGGAGGCCGGUGCUCCAUGGCGGGGUGGGGGGGGGGGCGGCGGCCUGCGGCCCCAGCUCUGUUCGGCUGCUCCUGCGAAGGCUGGGUCAGGUACGGCAAGAACGUUCUUUGGGGGAAAACAAACAUAGGAAUCGGAAGACGUGGGCCUAGAGUGGCCAGAUGAGCUGAGGGAGGACGACGAUGAGAUGAUAGCUUCCAAGUUACUUGAAACUUUUUACUCAGCCGCUAAAGAAGAAACUAGACAAAAUAAGAAGAUUCUAUAUUCUCAGAUGUAAACCUUCGUAAAGGGACAGUGGGUUCUAAAGGGUUCCUAGUUCAGUUAUUCAAGAGGCGUGUUCCCCAUGCUUAGUCGAUAUUUAUGAGUUAUCUCACGCGUGUUUUAGUGGCCUGCUUUUCCGCUGCGAAAGUGUGCUUGCUCGUGAACUUCGUGGUAGCCGGCGUGCCGCGGACGGGGUUGUCCUUCCCGCCUCCGUCCUCACCUCGCUGCCUUCGCCAGGCGCCUGGGGUGUCCCCGUCGCUGCUGUCGCACACCCCGCCCCCCCCGCCCUCCCAGAUCGUGCGUGUCUGCGCCCCCAGUGCAGCGGGACCCUUCGCUGGUGUUUGUACCGUGGGCCACGGUCUGCUGCAGGCUUCCCCCUUUGCGUUGCUUGUUUUUACUGUCCUGAACUUUAUUUAUUGCCGCUGAGAGGAGUGCCCGGGUGCAGGUGUAAGGAACGCGGCGUAAGCUGUAAGGUGUAAGGUGUGGGAACGAGAGUCUCGUGUGGCGAGCGAGGCGUCAGGGCUGCCGUCUGUUGACUGAGCGCCCGGUGCCUGCGCCCGGCCUUCCCGAGCUUUCUCAGGAGGGCGCCUGCGUCCUCGGGAUCUGUGACGCGGAAUGGGAAUUCUUCCUUCGCUCCACCUAAACACCCGUUUUUUCAUUAGGGAUUCAGGAAAUUGGCAAGUGGCUUCCAGAGUCGCUUUGGAAUAUCAAAAUCCAGGCUUUAAAAAGGAAGGGCACCUCGUAAUUUGCAAAGAAGAACCUCCGGGCGGUGAUCCUCACAGCGGGCCCUGGGCCGCUGGCGGCUCUGUCUCCGUGUCCGCCAGGGGCCCAGGGCCGGCUUCGCCUGAGGGCCGCCUCCUCGAGCUGUGUGUAAACACCUUUUUUAGAAAUAGUGUUUUUAUUAAAAUAUCAAAUUCGUGUUCCUGGAACAGCUCAAAGCCAGAUUUGUGAACCGUGUGGCCCACCGGCAGUCAGGGCGGGAAAUGGCAGAGCUGUCUGAGCGUCUGGUCCCAGCCUCGCGGCAGGAAGCGUGACGAGAGGGCCUUCCAGCGCUCUGGCCUGGCCUCUGGUGUCCCCUUGUGCUGUGACCGCGUGCCCUGCCCGUCCCCUCAGACUGUGCUGGUGACGAGGCAGUCGAGUUGAUGUAAGGAGAAGGUUGAAUAAAGCGCUGUCGUGAUGGCCUGUC